UCCAAGCCUAGGGUUUAUGCGGCGAUGGAAUCACCCUCGCAAGCCUCGCCGUGCUGCUCCUCCCUCGCCGACGAUCUCAACCUCAAGGAGGAGCAGGAUGCCUUUCUCAAGUUCGUUGAGUAUGCGAGGUCGAUGAUCUCUCCUGACGAUCGCGAUUCGGUUGGCGAUGAUGGCGCUCCAGGCCCGUCCUGGAGCUGGAUCGUCGAUCGGAUCAUCAAAACUUGUGUCGCUUACUCCAGCGGCGUCACCCCUGCCAUACUCCUCUCCGAUCUCUUCCAGGCUUGGAGUGAGCAACAUAGGUAUGCAACUUCAAAGAAAAAGAUGGAGUGCAUGAUUCCACUAGAGAGGAGGCACAGAAGAUCAAAGCUUCUGAAUACUGUCACUAUUGAUUCCAUACAUGAGAAAAAUUUUCUUUCUUCAAAUAGCAUUUUAGAAGCUAUUAUAGUGGAUACAUUCAUUCUUCCAGGAACAAAUAUAACAAUGCUUUGCUUGGGAGAUAUAUGGAGUUCCUCGACCAUUGACAUGUAUCUUCAUCGCAGGUACUGCCAUUUGGUGGGUCCCGAAAAUGCAAUUCUGAAGAAAGGGCGAGAGAUCUUACUUACAGGAUGUCAUCUUCGUACUGCAGUGGGAGGAUUUGGCCAACCUCGUCUACUGCCCACCGAAUAUCUGGUGAUAGUGUUAAAUGAGGAUCAAGAUGAAGAUGCAAUGCUUCUGGGUGCACAAUUCUGCACAGAUUCUUUCUCAUCAAUCUCUAUUGAUGCAGUAAAGAAUGGUGCUUCAUAUUCGUUUUACGCAAGAAUUGAAUCAAUUGGACCACUGGAAGCACAAGGUAGUUUUGGAGGUGUACAAGGACAAGAAAUUGCUCUUGUUGAUAAUGAUGGUUUCAAAUUAAAUUUUCUUCUUUGGGGCGAGCAGGUUCUGCUUUCCAAUCUUUUCAGUAUUGGAAGUAUGCUAGCAUUGGAUAGGCCCUUUGUGGCUGAUGCUGCUGAUUGCAACACAAUGACAAAUCAAGAAAUAAGUAUUGAGUAUGGCAGUGCUACACAGUUAUACCUGGUGCCUUUUAUUCAGCAUGAGGAGCAGGUCAUUCUCACUUCCACACAAAUGCGAUACCAAGGAUCUAGCCUAUCUGCUAUGCCAGGUCAGAGUCAAUGUCCCAAGCUCUCUCAAGUGUUGUUGCCUCUUAAUUCACAAGGCUCAAUUGAUUUCAGUAAUUAUCCAUUUCGGUCAUAUGUGAUUGAUCUUCGUGAUAAAAUGGCUGGGGUCAGCCUUUAUGGCUCUGUUUUAAACAUCAAGAGAGAGCACAACACCUCAGGAACUGUCUUUUCUAUGAUACUUGAAGAUACAACUGGAGCUAUUACUGCAAAGCUACAUUUUGUGAGUUCCUGGUCUAUAGGAAGGCUGGGCGAUGGCCACAUCGUAUACAUAUCAGGAUUGAAUUGUUUAAUGACCCCGGAAAACCAGCUUGAGGUUUCAUGGGUUGAGAAGGACAACCGAGCUUCCUUGGUUAACAUAAGCUGUCUGCCAGCUUUGCUGAAUUCAUCAUGCCUGCACAGGGUAUCAUCUGUAUCUGAUAUCUCCAAUCAGAGACAUAACAUGCAUAUAUGUCAUGUUUCUCUCGAUUUUGUUGAACACUAUCGUAUAAAUUCAACAUUAUGCCAUGCUAUCUGUGGGCAUCAUGUGAAGGAGAAGUCAGAUGGAUCAGUUUUAUGUAGCUUUUGCAGUUGCACUUGUGAUGGAGAACUCGUGCGCUACUUUCAUUUGAGUGUGACUCUUGCUGAUCAAACUGGGAAAGUUAUUGCAUGGUGUACUGGCCAAACUGCUGCAGAGUUGCUGCAAAUAUCUCCUGAUGAAUUCUUUGUGCUGCCAGAGGAUGAACAAGCAAUGUACCUUUGCACACUUGGCACUGAUAGGUUCACGGUCUCUUUGGUAUGUAGCAAGAGAAGUGGUGAAUCUGAUCAAGAUGCUAGCCCAGACUGGGAAAUUGUCCGUGCUCAGAAAUCUGGUUGUGAUUUUGAACAUGCAUGAUGAGUUCCUUCUUAUUAUAUGCCUCUCCAAAGCCCAAACCUAGGUAAUUAAAUGAAAAUUUAUCUGAACUGAAUGUGAUGCUCUCUAGAAGGAUUCAAGCUUUAUUCUAGAACUAACCAUGCUCAGAACUUUGUGAGUCUUAAUACUAAUGGAGCCAGAUUUUUAGUAGAUUAGGUUCCUCGAGAUGGAGGAAUCAGAAGGUAAAGUGUGAUGUAAUUUAUUGAACAAUUUUUUAAUUUCAAUGAUAACUUUGAUUAGCUUCCUCGUAAUAUACUCACUCUGGGUUUCCUUUUACCAGUCACUGUUUAAACUUUAUUCAGUUACAACUUUGGUUUGAGUUCCUCGUGAUAUACUCACUUUGGGUUUACUACUACUUCUCACUGUUUAAAAUAUUCAGUGCCCAUUGUUAUAUGUUUGGCCCCCUUAAAUGUAUGCUGAGCCAAUCAAUGUCCUACAUGGAGACA